CAGCUGACGGCUGAGCUCAUCCGGGAGCCAAGGAGGCAGCCAGGCAGGCAGAGCAAGCCACCCGCCGGCCCUUGCGCCAAGCCUGCCUUGCUUUCCCUUCCUUCCUUCCUCUCCUUUGGAAAGCGAAAGUGAGCGGCGUCCCGUUUUCCUCCCCUUUCCUUCCUUCCUCCCUCCCUCAAAGGCAAGCCGAGGGGCCGGGCUUCUGUUCUCCUCCUGCCCUCCUUCCCUGGGAGAAGGAGGCUUGCCAGGAAGGAGAAGCAAAGGCGGAGCGGCCCUGGUCUGGGCUUCUUUCUUUCUGCUUGCCUGCCUGCCUUGGAGACCCCUCAACCGCAGCCAUGAGGAAGCUCUGCCUGGGCACGGCGGGGGUCCUGGCCAUGACCCUCCUCAUCGCCAGCGUGGCCCUCCUCGCCGCCCGCGUCCUCCAGAAAGUGGUCGAGCUCCAGGUCAAGCAGCAAAUGGUGUUAAAAAAUGGCUCAGAAGUUUUCGAAAUGUGGGAAGAAUCUCCACCACCGGUCUAUAUGCAGUUCUACUUUUUUAACUUGACCAACCCUUUAGAAGUGCUUCAGGGGGAAAAGCCAUUAGUGCUGGAAGUUGGACCAUAUACUUACAGGGAGACCCGACCCCGAGUCGCAGUCCACAUUUUAGACAAUGACACAGAGGUCUCUUCUCUCAACCCAAAGACUUAUUUCCUUGAACGGGAGAUGUCUGUGGGAGAUCCAGAAGUCGAUCUGAUCAGGACCGUGAAUGUGCCUGCAGUGGUUGCGAUGAACCUAGCUACAUCAACUCCCUUGCAUUUACCUACAGAGAUUUUGCUCCUCCUGUAUGAAGAGGAAUUGUUCACAAUACACACUGUACAUGAGCUGUUGUGGGGUUACACGGACAAACUUCUCAAUGCUUUACACAAAUUCCGCCCCACUAUUGAUGCAGAUUUUGGCUUUUUUAAAAAGAUGAAUGGAUCGGAUGAUGGUGAAUACAUCAUGCUAAGUGGAAAGAAGAACUAUCUUGACUUCACAAGAAUUAUCAAAUGGAGAGGAAAAGACACACUAAGCUGGUGGACGUCACCGGAUAGUAAUAUGAUAAAUGGAACGGAUGGCUCCACUUUUCAUCCGUUGAUAGGCACAGAUGAAAAAAUCUAUGUCUUUUCCUCAGAUUUGUGCAGGUCUUUGUACCUAACCUUUGACGAAUAUGUGACAGUCGAGGGGAUCCCAGCCUAUCGGUUUGUGCCUCCCGUGAGACUCUUUGCCAAUGUCUCCACUAAUCCCGACAAUGCUGGGUUUUGUGUACCAGCAGGAAACUGCUUAGGAGCAGGGCUUCUGAAUGUCACCGCCUGCAAGCAAGGAGCACCAAUAUUUUUGUCACCGCCUCAUUUUUAUCUGUCGGAUGAGAAGUAUGCUAAUGCCGUUGAUGGCAUGCAUCCAAAUAAGGAGAACCAUGAGAUAUUUCUGGACAUUAAUCCUUUCUCAGGAGUACUAGUCCGAGCAGCCAAGCGAAUGCAAGUCAACGUUCACAUUCAAAAGCUACCAGAUUUUCUCCAAACGGGCAAUAUCAGAACUCUGUUUUUCCCUGUGCUGUAUAUAAAUGAGAGUGUUGUGCUAGACAGAGCGUCUGCAGCAAAACUAAGGGCUGCUCUCUUUGAAUCUUCUGUGGUCACCAACAUCCCUUUUAUCAUCAUGGUCCUAGGAGUCGUUUUCGGAGUUGUGUUUGUUGUGCUUGCCUGCAAGCCAUCACAAGCCAGAGAAGAGGGCAGAGAGGUAUUAGUAGAACCAGAGUAAGUACGCUUCAGCAAAGUGCUGCUGCUGGCUUAAGACACAUGGGUUCCGUAGAUGAGAGAGCACCACUGAUCCGGACAUCAUGACUCCAUUUUCUCACCAAUACAACUUACGGAAAUGAGCAGAGUGGUAACUGAACUAUGCAAACUGCUCUUAAUGGAAGACACUAGCCAGCAAUCUCAACUGCCCCCCAAUCACACUACUACAGUUGUAUUAACAUUCUUCUCUUUUUCUUUUUUGGGGAAGAGGGAGUAGAAAUCAGGAACUGAGUUCGUAAACCUGGACUGUUACAUUGAAUAUAGAAACUGCAAGGUUUUUUAAGACUGUUUAAAAACGAGUUGUCACUGUCUUCCACAAGUACAAAAAGCAGUAUUUUAAAGCAUUUCUUGCACUGUUGUGGUCCCAUAAACCCCUGUGGGAUGAUAACCAUUCUAAUGAUUGCGGCUUGUCUGUUUUCUAUUUGCUAAUAUCAUAUCCUGUAGGGUCUUAUCCAGUUAUCAUUUUUUAAUAAUCACGAUCACUACAUACAGCCUUGUCCUUCUGUAAAAUGAUUUCUCAUUGGACACUGUGUUGCUGAUAUCAUAGAGAUUUUGCUUUCCUCCUUGUGUAAAUUGUCACAGUAGAAAGUAAGUAAAACGAAAGUAAUGCAGACUUCUUACAGUAAUUAUUUACUGGAUGCAAAUCACUGUAUAUAAGGAGUGGCAGAUUUUUUUUUACUAGCUCAGUUUAGGCAUUCAUUUUGCAAAACUGUUGUCAAAAUUUGAUGUAUAGCUAUCAAAUUGACUUGUCUAAUGGCUAUCCUAGAAUGAUUUGAUUUACUGGAUGGAAUUUGGAAUUAUCUCUAAAAUGGGUUGCUGUGAGUUUUCUGGGCUGUAUGGCCAUGUUCCUGAAGCAUUUUCUCCUGACGUUUCAUCUACAUCUGUGGCAGGCAUCCUCAGAGGUUGUGAGGUCACAAAACAAAACCUCACAGCCUCUAAGGAUGCCAGCCAUAGAUGCAGGUGAAACGUCAGAAGAGAAUGCUUCUUGAACAAGGCCAAUACAGCCUGGAAAAGUCACAGCAACCCAUUGAUUCUGGCCAUGAAAGCUCAACCUCUAAGGAUGCCUGCCAUAGAUGCAGGCAAAACAUCAGGAGAGAAUGCUUCUGGAACAUGGACAUACAGCCCGGAAAACUCACAACAACCCAUUGAUUCUGGCCAUGAAAGCCUUUGACAAUAUAAUUCUCUAUGAAGUUAUAUAUAAAAGUGUUUCAAGACAGAACUGGCUGCACAACUUAUAGAUAUCUGUUCCUGCGCGAUGUGUUAAAAGGAAAAAUAAAUCCAGUUCAAUCAC